UGGAAAUACACAUAAAUCUAUUUCUUAAAACAUUUGGAACGUGUGAAAAUAGUGCGUCUGCCUACAAAGCGAAAAAUAUAUGCAUCGGUUGCAUACGUCGGGUCGAUAUGGGUUUAUUUCUGUUCGUGUUCUCUAUUUCUUUGUGUCGGUGUAUAAUAACCGCGGGUGUAUACAAAGUAUUACUUGCAUAUCUGUAUGCAAUCAGGGUCAUUAAAAUAGUAACUAACCGGUGAUUUGUGCAUACAAAUAAUAAUAAUUGGUAUUUAAAGAAGCCCAGUGUGCAAAGUAACAGGGAAGUGUGUGUGGCGAAGCCAACUUGUUCGUAAUAUCGCCGAUGUCGCUGGGAGCGUAUUUUUAGUGAUGUGGCAGUUGCUGGACGAUAUUCGUAUCCGGUUACUUUGUCAAACUAAUGUCUCAAUUGAUAAACUGAAGAAUCUCGGACAAUAUCUGGUCUUCAGGAGAAUUGCGCACCCAAUUUUGUGAUGACAAUAGUCUCCUAACGAUAUAGCCGGUUAAACGUUCCGCGAAUCCGACAUUUUUUUUUUACCGGGAUUCAUUUGCACAAAACCGCGGUGCUACUCGUAUUGGCUUCGUUGCGUUGUUUCUCGGUAUGGAAUCGGUAUUCCAUUCGCAAGGCUCUCGUUGUCGAUGGAUGUCGCUUUCUGACAGCAACUGCUUUUAGGGAACUACUUUAAAUGCACUCAGUUUAACUUAAAUAAAAAAUCUUUAAACUUAGAAGUGAAACAAUCAUUGUUGAAAUUAUAUGUUUUUUCCCCCCUUUUGUUAACAAAACUUUUGUUUGCAUACCCCUGCUUUCACCCACUAAUAUAAUUGAGAAAAAAUUAAAAUAUUAAACAAAUAAUUUGCAUUGCUUGUUUAAAGUGCUGUUCACUCAUCUUUUAUUAAAAUAUUUCCUUGCAGCUUUUUUGUGUAAGUGCUUAAGUGCGCGUUCUUGCUAAAAGCGUUUAAUCUUGAAUUAGUUGGGUAUAGACCAACAUCGGUUUAACGCGCGUUAUAAACGUUGAAAGCUCGUAAAAACGACAUCUUUGACGUUCGCAAUAUAGUUUCGAUUAUUGAUCCUCGUCUUUUAGCAUUUGUUGAUCCUCAGUUGAUCGCUUCUGUUAUACCGCUUGAAUUACACCAUGUCGACGUCACGCAGACGUGGCGAAUUAAAUCCUAAACUUCACAUGGAUAGGCAACCUACAGUUGCCCGCAUCACAGAUCCAUCGCUUCCUGCUGGAAAACGUAGGGAAAUAGAUAACGUCAUGAAAAAAGCUCGCGCAAACACCAAUGAUUACUGGGAUAAGAAGUUACUCGAAGUAGAGGAAAAGGAUCCAAAUCGUUGGCGACAUACCGGUUAUAAGAAAAUGUAUAUCCAAGGUGAUAGCAGCUCCGGAGAAAGUGAUCGUGAUGGUGGUUUUCGUUAUAAUUCUUCGUCUGGUGGUCCAAUCGGUGGACCUGGUGGGGGUGGUCCACCAACUUCCGGUCGGUAUGGUCGUUCGCGCUCUCCGCACUCACGCAGUCGGUCGCGUUUGAGAAAAUCUCCCCCUAUGUCGCCACCAAUGCGUCGUCGAUCGCCGCCUAUGGAUAUGGGUGGACGACGUAUGUCCCCACCAUCCAUAGAUGGCAUGCGCGGUCGUCCUCGUUCGCCACCACCACGAGGUGGAAUACCCCCGCGUUCCCCUUCUGAUAUGGGUCGCGGUCGUAUGCCUUUAUUUGGGGGUAGUGGUGUUGGAAAUAAUCGGCCGCGUUCGCCACCCGAGCCACCGAUGCGCCGCAAGUCGUCGCGUUCGCCAUUAGGUAGACGUCGGUCACCGCCUAACAUAAAUCGCAGACGCUCAUCCCCACCAGCAGGACCUAAUAAACGUGGACAAAUAUUGCCGCGCUCUAAGCGGCCACCGUCUCCGCCGCCGAGGAAUUCGUGCCGGUCGCGGUCGAACAGCUCUGUAAGCAGUUGUACGGAUGAUUCUUGUUCGGUGUGUUCACCAAAACAUCAUCAUAGAUCACGGUCUCACUCCAUGCCGCGUUCGCGUAUACCAGGUGGGCCCCGGUCUCCACCGCCAAAGGCUUCGUCGCGUUCCAUACCAUACCGUGGAAGUCAACAACCUCCAAAUGGUCACACUUCGUCGCGUAUGCAUGCUCGUCCAACUACACCGCCUCCACCGAACGUGCGUACUGUAGAUAAAUAUCGGGAUGAAAAAAUACGUCGGUAUAGUCAUGACCGCAGUAUCGAUCGCGUACCAUCUGACGGGCGUCUAAAACUUGCACGUUCAGGUCGGCAUUCGCCAGUCGAGGAUCCACGAGUCAAAAACCGUCCUCCGGAGCCACCAGAGCCUGCUUCGUCGUCUGCGACAACAUCUGCUGUUUCUAAGAAAAAGAAAAAGGACAGAGAACUACGCACGCGUAUAAAAAUAGAAGGAGAAAAACGAAAGAAGCAUUCAUCCUCGGAAUCUGAAGACUCGGGUGGCUCGGAUAGUGACAGUUCAUUGCCUACUUUUAUUGCCGCCACCGGACUAACACUUUCUGAACGCUUUGGUAAAAUGGCUCAAUGGAGUAUUGAUCGUAGCAAUAUGGAAAACAUGCGCAUUACCAAAGACUCCACCGGGGGAGCUUUAAAAGUUAUGAUAGAAGAGGGACUCGAGUCUCCGCCGCGUCGAUACUCGUAUUCACCAGCACCGGCUGGUCAUUUUCCGGAAGAACUUGCAACAACAGCACCGUCGGGCAUGCUGUCGUGGGAUGAUGUACGCGUCCGUUACGAAUACUACAAAAGUCGUGGGUAUUUGCGCGAUUUAGACUUGAAGGAUUACAUAAAGUGGGAAGAAUGGUGGUAUAAAUACCAAGAAUGGUUGAAACAAGAACGCUACUAUGAGUAUUGGGAACGUCAGCAAAUGGCACGUCGCCGACGUAAGAAGCUACCUAUAACGCAGCGCCUAAAUUAGGUACUCAUUUUUGUAUUCAUUCGUUUAUCACAGAUUAAGAAGUUGUUUUAGAACUUGUAACGUGCACACGAUUACGCAUAAAUCAUCAUAAACAGAAGGUAACUUGAAUGAUGAAGUUGCUUUUCAUUGUGGUGUCAACUGCGUUUUUUCUCAUUUACAUACCUAUAUUGAACAAUUGAUAUGUGUAAAAUAAUAAUUAUAUACGUAAGUAACUUAUAAAAUACACUAAGUGUUCAACUUCGCAAUUGGUUUAUAAUUGUGCUGAAGUUGUUGCUUUGACAAAUAUUAUUAUGUGUAUUAUAAACUGUAAUAGUCGUAAAUAAACCAGGAACAAUUAUCAAAAUUUCAUA